AUGGAAGAGGACGAGCCUGCGAGUAGCUCCAGCAAAACGAUACCUCCUUGGGUCGAAUUAGAAUACGCACACAUGCGCAUACUAGCUGGACCCAAAGCCCAAGUCCGCUUCACCCAUUUAUCCAGAUCUUCCUGCAAGUCUCUUGAGGAGGCUCUGAAGCCAUCAUCUUCGCCCGAGGAUCUGGCUGCAUUUUCGUGCCAUAGCGAGGGCAUCCUUGAAUGUAUGAAGAAUGCAGGUCUUCCAAUCGAUAAAGUCUGCCUCCUUGAUCCCAAGGCCGAAGCCGAGCUCUCCCCGGACGAUGGGGAUGGAAGGUUUGCUUGGUUUCUGUUCGGGGGGAUUCUGGGAGAUGAUCCACCCCGAGAUAGGACGUCUGAGCUAAGAAGUUUGGGGUUUCCUACCCGUCAUCUUGGUCCGACGCAGAUGACAACGGAUACUGCCCUUGGCGUGACAAAGAUAGUCGUCGACGAUAAAGUACCACUGGAUAAGAUACCCUACGUAAAUUAUCCAUCAAUAGUGUUCAACCCUAAGGAAAGCGUAGAAAUGCCGUUCAAGUAUAUUGCGGACGCCGACGGCAAUCCAAAACUUCCGCCGGGUAUGCGGGAGCUUCUGCACGAGGACCUCAAUAAAGGAUUUGAAUUCUGA